AUGAUUGCAGAGGUGAUAAAGCCAUUGGUUGAAGCUGAUCCAUCUUUGAAAGUGAAAUCAAUAAUUGCUGAAGUGCAGUCAAAAUUCAAUUAUACGACGAGUUACCGCAAAGCAUGGCUCGCGAAGCAAAAGGCAAUUGCAAACCUUUUUGGUGGUUGGGAAGCUUCUUAUGAAGCUUUGCCGUCGUGGUUUGAAGCAAUGGUACAAAAAGAUCCAUCAGCAGCAGUCGAGAUUGAAACUGCACCAGCAUACCAAGGGGAUGAGGUAGUCCAUGAUGUAAGGAUACUGACGCGGGUAUUUUGGAGCUUUUAUCCUUGCAUCAGAGCAUUUAGGAGCUGCAAGCCAAUCGUACAGGUGGAUGGGACACAUCUGUACGAAAAAUAUAAAGGAGCUCUACUAGUUGCAGUUUCUCAGGAUGGCAAUGGCAAUAUUGUGCCUCUUGCAUUUGCCGUUGUUGAGGGUGAGACUUCUGAUGCAUGGCACUUCUUUCUUACUCAUUUACGCACACAUGUGGUGACUCGAGAUGGUGUUGGGCUUAUCUCUGAUUGUCACGACUCUAUUACCUCAACAAUAGCUUGUAGUAAUGGAUCAUGGGAACCUCCAAGAGCUAUCCGAAUGUUUUGUGUUAGGCACAUAGCAUCCAACUUUUUGAGAAAUUUCAAAGCACCGUAUUUACAGAAACUGAUAGUCAAUAUGGGUACGUAG